AUGAAUUCAAUUAAGGAGCAGCCAGAACUAGUUUUUUCUACCUCUAAUCUACCCACCCAACUCUUCAUCAAUAAUGAGUUCGUCGACAGCAAGAGUUCAGAUACCCUAUCUGUCCACAACCCGAAGGAUGGUUCCCUAGUGUCAGACAAGGUAUCCAUUGCCGACUCAGAGGAUGUUGACACAGCCGUCGCAGCAGCCGAAGCUGCAUUUCCCGCCUGGAAGGCAGUCUCCGCACUACAACGACGCGAAAUCCUCUUGACCUUCGCCUCACUGAUCGAGAAACAUAUCCGGGGCUUGGCAGAGCUCACCCGAAUAACUCUCGGGGCUCCAUUUGAGACAAUGGGCAAGUUUGAAGCAGGGAUGUGUGCCGAGACAUUUCGGUACUACGCUGCCUGGAUCGACAAGUUUGCAGGGGAGUCAUACCCACAGCAAGACGGAUUCAUGCGCAUUACACGAAACGAACCCUUGGGCGUGACCGCGGGUAUUGUUCCCUGGAAUGGUCCGCUUGGAGUUGUCGGACUCAAAGCUGCACCAGCGCUAGCGACUGGUAAUUGCUUCAUUCUGAAGCCGUCGGAGAAAACCCCAUUUGCUGCCUUGGCAUUGGGUCAGUUAAUCCGAGAAGCAGGAUUUCCGCCCGGUGUAUUUCAGGUGCUUUCAGGAGCUGGAAACACGGGCGCUCUUUUGGCACGUCACAUGCGUGUCCGGAAGAUCAGCUUCACAGGGUCGAUUCCAACCGGGAAGCUCAUCCAGAAAAUGGCUGCCGAGUCUAAUCUCAAGCGUGUGACCUUGGAAUUGGGAGGUAAGUCCCCAGCUGUUGUGUUCGACGACUGCAAUUUGGAUAAUGCAGUGGAAUGGUGUGUCAAUGCAAUCGCCACAAACACUGGUCAAUUGUGCUAUGCUGCAUCCAGAUUGUAUGUGCAAGAUGGAAUCCUGGAUCGAUUCACAGAGAAGUACAAGGCUGCUCUGGAAGAGCGUGCCAGGGCCGUCGGUGACCCAGACAAUGAUUCGACGCUGGUCGGCCCGCUGGUUGAUGAAGCCCAAUUCCAUCGCGUUACUGGAUUCAUUGAGCGUGGCUCUCAACAAGGUACUCUGUUGACGGGUGGCAAUCUUGUCCGAGACAAAGGUUUUUUCGUCCAGCCAACCGUCUUCACUAACGUGAAGCCGGAUGCUGAGAUCUACCAACAAGAGAUCUUUGGCCCUGUCUCGAUCCUGAAUUCCUUCACGACAGAGGAGGAAGCCUUGCAAAAGGCGAAUGCAACCGAGUAUGGCCUAAUGGCAGGUGUAUUCACACAGGAUAUCAACAAGGCUAUGCGGGUGGCCGCUGAAUUUGAAUCAGGAAUGGUAGGGAUUAACUGCAUCAGCAUCACUUUCAUGAACACGCCCUUUGGCGGUAGUAAGCAGAGUGGUCUUGGUCGCGAGUGUGGUCGAAAUGCACUUGAGCAUUAUACUGAGCCGAAGACCAUUAUGAUCAACCUCAACUAUUAG